AUGCCUCCGGUAAGCCCCAAGUCACCUUUCCCCAUGCUGUCGGCCAUCUCCGCGAGGCCCUACACGGCUCUACUAACCCGCGCUUGCGAACAGCGACACCAGACCCUCCCGCCCGCGCAGACGUCGUCAGCGCGCGCCGCCAUGCAGUCCUUCUACUGCGACCUUUGCUCGAAAGGCUACUCGCGGAUGAACGACUACGAAGCCCACCUGAGCAGCUACGACCACAGCCACCGGCAGCGCAUGAAGGACAUGAAGCAGAUGGUCAAGGACCCGACGGCCGGCGCGCGAGCUCGAAAGGCGGAAGCCAAGGCCGACGGGCUGAUCAGCAUCAAGCUGGGCGAUGCCGGCGCGAAUAAUAACAACAGUGCUUCGGCCGCUGGUGGUGGUGGCUUCAAGAAGGGCGGGUUCAAGAAAUCGGGCUUCAAGAGCGCCUUCGCACCGCCGGUCGCGGAAGACGAGGCCAAGGAUGAGAAAGAGAAGGAGAGGGAGAAGGCUACGAUACCGGGCAGAGAAGAGAAGGCUAUACUGAGGGAUGAGAACGUGGAGAGCGAUACGGACGAUGAAAGGUAUGAGGUCUACAAUCCGCGAUUCCCUACAGAGUGA